GCCAGUCCAUGGGUGACAAGGAAUGCUCAGAUGGACAGACAACUGAGUAACACCCCUAGCAGUAGUCACCAUAAUGCCAACAACAGUCUAACUUGGUCUAAUCAACAACAGGCUAGCAGUAGUUGCUGGAGGCCGAGCACUGUGACUUCUCCUUCGCAAAAUGUAUUAAAUCAGUGCCCUCUUCCAGAUCUGGUGACUCCACGUAGACAAGCCCGUAAACAGUGUUGUGGUUUAUUAGCAACGCACAGCGUUGCAAUUAGGUGGUUAGUUGUUGUUAUAGCUGCUUUAGGACUUUUAUGUUCCGUGGUUGGAACGAUAGUUGGAGUAGUAAAAGCAACUGGAAGGGAACAUCUCACUGUAGCGCUACUUCUGAUAGGUCUAGGCAUCGUACUAGUAUCGAUGAGUGGCGUGGCAUGGCGUCUCACAUCUAGAGAGUCUCCCUCUUGCAGAGCUAUGUUCGGUCUGAGGAGGGCGAGACAUGAACCCCAUAGGAGGUUUGUUCCCAGGGUGCCUCAUUACGGAAGGCCGCAUCCUUUUAGUGCAAUGCUUUAUCCGGAUAUAACGCUUCGACCACCACCUCCUUCAUACCAGGCUUCGAUGCAAGAGUACCGACUGCGUCUUUUGUUAAUGGACAGACAGACACCUCCUGCUACGCAUCCACCGCCUCCUCAACCACCACCUCCUCCUCCCAUGUAUAGAGGACCAGCGACUGUGUAUCCUAGAUUCCCAGUGAACAUUGGGAUCUCGGAUUACAGCAGACCUCCUAGUUACCGUUCCAGACCAAGCUCUGCGGGUCAACCCAGUCCAGUAGGGCCGGAGGAUGUGGAAUUGAUCAAUAAUCCUUCUACAUCAAGCUCACAUCACCUUCCCAGUGAUGUCAUUUCUUCCUUAACGGUCGUCUCCUCGGCUGCGACGCAAAACACAGUUCGAUCAACGCCCUCUGUCGCCACAUCGAACAACCAUGUUGAAGUUGUUGCUCAAGUGUAACAAUAGAUGGCGACACUAUACGAAAAACUUUUCUGAGCCGUUGAACAGUGACUGUCAGCAGCACAGCCAACGACGGGAAAGUCUAUUUUUCGCUCUCUGAAUUUAUCUGUUGGACUGUAAAUACUUAAUUGUCUUAAGUCAUGCACAUUGUACUGUAAUAUGGAUUAAUGAUCGCUUCUACAUGAAAUCAAUAUUCUGAACCUUAUAACUAAAUAAGUUCUUGACAUAUCUAAUAAAUGGUCGAAACUGGAGUUCUUCCACAUAGUAAUUUAUUUAAAAUGCUUAAAUUAAUUUUUUUAUCAGUAUUUUGAUUUUUCUAAUGAAAAAUAUAUUUCCUUCUCUUUUGAUAUGUAUUGCAAUAGCACUUACUCUGAGGACCAAUUUUGCAACUUUCUUUAUUUGUCAAUAAUGUUUAUUCAGAGAAAUGUUUUCUUAAUUAAAUAUUAUAUGUAUAUAUAUGUAAAUGAACUCAAAAAUAUUUAACAAAGAAGUUCACUUGUACAUUAGAAGAGAACCAUCUUAAAAACUAAUCCAUGUGGCUGCUGUUUUCCUGAAAUGUAUUAAGCAUGCUUUAUGUAAGCAACAUUAAUUUCAUGCUAUUAAUAUAUUAAUUAACCAAGACAAACUCAUCCUUCAUAAUAAAGAAAAUUCUGUGAGGGGUAUUCAACUAAUUUAUGCUGCCCAGUGUAAUAAAAAAGUCUAUGCAAUCAUUUGAAAAUGUAAUGUUGCAUCUUAGUAUCAUUUAUUUUGCAGUAAGUCAUUCCAUUAGUAUUUCAGGUAAAAUUUUGGCAUAGUAGUUUAUGAAGAAAUCCCAAAAGUGACUUGAAAAUUCACAGUUGAUAAUGAUUUUAUGUUUCAUAUUUAAGUAAAUCUUGACUGUAUGGUUAAGGUAUGUUAAAAUUUUGACAGUAUGCUCAUAUAAAUACAGAAGAAAUUAUUCUUGUCUAGUUGUAAUAUUUAGUAUUCUAAUCAAAAGUUGAAUUAGAACUAAAUUUAAGGAAUGAUGAAAAGUUAUUCAUAAUGUAACUUGAAGAACUGGGCAUCCCUAUUGUAUUCUUUCAAGAAGUUCUCCCAUUUGUGUAAAGCAUUAGUCAGCACAAAUAAAAAUUAUCAGCAUUUUUGAGAAACUGGGACUGUUAAAUUUAUGCAAUGUAAAUGUGAUAAAAAGUUUCCUAUGCACAUGAUAUAUUAUUAUAUGACAUAACAUUUGACUUUAUAAUAUGAAGUCAUUUUUAAUUGUGAUGUUCACCAGUAACAAAACAUCUAGCAAUAAACUUAAUUCUCUAUUACCAGUUUUAUAAUAUGACCAAAUGUAAAGCAGUGGAGUAUUUGUCAUGUGAAGAAAACUAAUUUGUCAAUUUCAUUGAACCAACAGCAGUGAAAGCAGGAGCUCUCAAACGGGAGCUUCUCACCCUCAUUUCAUAAUUUCAGGAGAGGGGAUGUAGUGAGCUUUUUAUUUACCUAUAACUAUUUAGUUAUAAUUAAUGAAUAUAUUAAAAAAAAACUACUUAUAUUUCAGUUUUGAUAUUUAUCAAUCUUUUCUAUACCUUUUUGUUGUUUAAUUUAUAAAAACAUUUUAAAAAGGUAAUCUAAAUUGAAAUAAAUGUGUAUGCAUUUUUCAGGUUUGGGAUAGGAGAGGGGGGGAAAAGAUUGAGAAUGUCUGGUUAAAUUAUCCAUUUUAGAAAAUUCUCAUUACAUUUAGAUCAAUAUCCUGCUAAUGUGAUACUGUUAUUCCAAAAGGCAAUACUUUUGCCAUUUAAGCAUAUCUUUUGCAGUAAUGAAACAUGAAAUUAGUUUUUGAACAAAAUUUCAAGUGAAGAUUAAUAAGUAUUUUUAGUAAAUAAAAAAUGAGUAACAUUUAUGGUUCAUUCUCAAAGAGAAUAUAUAUAUAUACAAAUGAAUACUGUAUAUAUAUACAUGAACAUAUUACAAUUUAUACUAAGCCUGUCAGUUGUUACUAAUAAUGGUUAGAAAUCAAAUAUUGCUAUAUAUAGACUUUUUUAUAUAACCAAAGGGGGCUUAAAAGCAGUCAGUCAGCUAGAGAUAUAUUCUGUAUUAUUAAUAUUUUAAUUUAACUGUUUAAAGAAAAUUAGUAACAACUGAUAGAUACAGAUUUUAGAUUUUAUUUGUAAUGUUUCCAUAAGAAAACAUUGAUGUCAUAUGAUUUAAGUUUUUUUUUUUACUAAGAAGUUGAAAAAAAAAAGAGAUGUUUAAUAUCCUUUUUUAUACUUUCAAGAUAUGUAAUAAAACUAAACGCAGCUAUGCAAUAUUCACUAAAAUGUAACAAAAAUAUUAUUUCAAUCUUAUGGAAACUCUGUACAUGUGAAUAUUUUUGUACAGCAUAGAGAGAUCAUUGUGCCAUAAUCAUGUAUUUAUGUGUUGAUAUCAUAUAUUUGAAUAAAACUCCUGUAGAUAUAAGUGA